GGUGCAGACGGGCGAAUCGAUGCACGAGGCGAAUUCCGACACCGCGGAUCGAACUUCGAUGGUAGGAAUCGAUCGGUGACGUCUAAAGGACGCGACGCCGCGGCGAGCGGGGUGAGGUGGUGGAGGGGUCCCCGACGAGGAGAGAUCUGGAAACAGGGUCGGGCGUUAGGGGGGCCCCUAAAGCAGCGCCAGGUGACAAAACCAGCAAAUGGAGGGUGCGGUGUCCCCACCAUCGCCUCCGUCAUCAUCGCCACCGUCGUCACCAUCGUCGGAGGAGGAGGAGCAAUUCCUCCACGUCUCCGCACACGAUGUGCUCGACCCAGAUGAGCAGCAGGGGUCCGCAGAGGGCAAGGGCCAUCGGGAGGAGAAGAAGCAGGAAGGGUCCAAGUCGGUAGAAUGCGCGGGGGGAGAGGAGGAAAAGCACGACCCCAGCGAGGAGGUGGUUCAGCCCACUGACGACCGAGGAGUGGAGUUGGACGAUGACGAUGAUGACGACGACACAGGAAUGCCACCUCUCGAAGACACGAAGCCGUUGGCUAGUGGCGGAGAAGCGCCCCCAUCCCACGAAGACGGAGAUGGUAAAUCUGGAGAUUCCGGCCAAGUCCCAGGGCCCAGACCGGACCCCGCGGGAAACACAGACUCCGCCACCGCCACCGCCACCACCGCACUCGACCAGUGCAUGGACGUGUUGGGUAACGGGCUGCUCAAGAAGAAGGUGCUCAGGGAGGGGCAGGGAGACGAGUCACGGCCGCGGCGGCGACAGGAAGUCACGAUGCGGGUGAAGAGCAUGCUGGGAGACGGCACAGUGGUGGAUGAGCAGGAGGCGCUGCGCUUCACCGUCGGAGAUGGAGACGUCAUCCAGGCCUUGGAUCUUUGUGCGGAGCUGAUGGCCUUGGGGGAAGUCGCUGAGAUCACUACGGAUGCCAAGUACGCCUAUGGAGCACUGGGCAGCCUCGGGGUGCCGGCGGUACCGGGCGGCGCCACGCUGGUGAUGGAGGCGGAGCUGGUGGCGGUGAGCGACGCGCUGGACGCGGGCUCCCUCCCCGUCGCCGAACGCGCCGCCCUCGCUCACCGCAAGCGCGAGCGCGGGAACCACUACUUCCAGCGCGGCGACUACACGCACGCCAUCGCCUCGUACGACCGCGCCAUCAAGAUCGCCGACACGGAGAGCGCCGUGGCGGGGAGCGAGGACGAGGACCGCUCCCCGCUGCUCGACGUCAAGCUCAAGUGCCUCAACAACGUGGCGGCCGCGCAGCUGCGCCUGGACCAGCGCGACGCGGCGCUGAGGUCGUGCGAGGCGGCGCUCGCCCUGCAGCCCGACAGCGUCAAGGCGCUCUUCCGCAAGGGCAAGGUUUUGGCACUGCAAGGGGAGUUCUCGCAGGCCGCAGACACGCUCAGGAAGGCCCUCAAGCUUGAGCCGUCUAACAAGACGAUCCAGGCGGAGCUGCACAAGCUGAAGAGGCAGCGCAGCGAGCAGCAGGCCGAGGAGAAGACGCUGUACAAGAAGAUGCUGGGCAACAUGGCCGUGCCUACCGACGAUGCGGAGCGCGGGAAGCCGGGCUCCUGGGGCCUGCCCUGGAAGUGGGUCUUCGGAGCGGCCACAAUCGCGCUGGGAAGCAUCAUCGUCUCCAUCAUCGUGGCAGCCAGGAGCUAGGUGGCGGCACCUCAACGCUCCCCAUACGAACCUCCUCGCCUGCUCCACAAUCGCCCUGCGGCCCCUCCAGGAGGGGGUAAACCCUUGCCUUCGGCACCAUCCCCCCCCCCCCCGAAACCCACCGCACCCUCCGUCAAGCGCCCUGCCACCCUCCCGCCACACCCCACCCCUCUCCCUGAUUCUCCUUGCCCUGUCCGUCAUAUCCGGUUAAACUCGGGGGGGGGGGGGGGGGGGGGGGACCCCCCCCCGGUCACGCGGUCUUGAGCAGAGGGGGAGAUUUUUGGGCAGUGGCUGUUUCUGGUGUUCGGCGUGGUAUCCGACGGAGCGCUUGGGAGCGAAACGUCGGACAUUGUGCCGAAUGACGUGUCAAAGCACAUCGGGGAGCCGAGCAGCACAACCGAGAUCAUUCCCCGCGGUGGGUUGUUAACUUUGUCUUCCCGCUUCGGGACGUUUUGGGAAGUCUCGGCACGGGGGUGGUUGUGGGAGUGGGGGGUGCCGAGGUUGCAGCGCAUGUUCUUUUACUUCGCCGCUUCACAAUCGUUUUGCCAGUUGGUUCUUGUCUUGGGAUGAAUUCCUUGAAUAAUACGACGACGAUAAUAAUAAUUACCUUCUUUGUUAACCUCGGCUGUAAUGACGCGGUGGGACACCGACAGAGGUUAAUGUUUCACUAUUUCCUGGAUCCGCUGGUAAGACCGGAGGAGGUGGCACUUGACUUCGUAUUCGCCACAGUCGCAGCCAGAGGUGUACACUGGAUGGCGGUGUGCCGGGUGCGGAAAUAUUUUCUGGGGUCUUCGACUUGGGGGCAAGAUGCGGCUAAAAUGAAUCCCUGGACUCGAGAGAGCAGAAUGCGGAGAUCGUGCGAUUCUGGCUCUCUGGCUUAUGUGGUCAAUGUGUGGCUCCGAAAAGUGAUUAUUCCCGAGGCCAACCUUUAAGGCAAUAAUAAUAAUCUGCUUCCAUGCUGGUGCUGUAAUAACGUAUGCAUGCACGGUCGUCGUCGUUUAACUAACCGCAUUAGUAGGGGUGGCAGCAACGUUCUUCGUGCCUCGGUUAAUAUCGACCACUGAGGGUCACGCGUGGCAGAAUGGAUGUCGUAUUUUGGAUCGUGUGAUUAUUGGAUCUGCGUCCCACUAGAGGCGCUGGUACCGUGCGCGGCAAUGUCAGCCGAGUGGCUUUCGCUGAAUUGGGUGUCGCGACAGAUUUAUGGAUUGUCCCACCCCGAAAUCCGCGGUGCGUGCUUUGCGUUGUGAUGACAACCCCAAGUGCACCUUCGGUUGUACUUCACAUUCAACCCAAGUAACUUUUACCCACCAAUGCGCCCAUGUUUUGAGUCGAUUCAAGUCUGAAACCGCACGGAACACAUUGUUUUAGGGAAUAACCCAAAAGUAAUUAAAAUUCGAAAGUAAAAAAAAUCUAUAUAUAUGGGGCAAGCUGGUCAGUCGUAAGGAACGCUUGAGAAAUUUUUCAGUCCCAAGGAACGCUUGCAAGCAUUUUUCAGUCCCAUCGAACCAGUGGCUCAUAGCUGUUGAUUGUGAAGCCGGUGCAGCUGCAUAUAGGGGGCCCAAGUGCCAGGCUCUGAAGAGAAGGGGUUAGGACGGGGGGUUUGGGCGGGGGGCGACGGUGCCCAUUUCAUUCCUUGUAUUGGAGGUCGAUGAGUUGAACAAAAGCAAGUAACCUGAAUCAGAGCGAUCGCAAAUGUGAAUCUCUACAAGCGUGGAACUGGGUCCGCGUGAAACGCCCUUCACGCGACGUGUUCAACGUUACUCGGGCGUAAAGUUCGUCGGCAAGUCUACCGAUUGAGCCCCUGGGCCUCUCACGUGACCAGACUUUGUCUCUGUGGUCUGGGGGUGCGAGGUUGAGGACUAAGUUAUAACCAGGAUCGAGUCGACCCUGGCCAAUUGUCCACCCUGGUCAAUUGUCCACCCAUCCACCGGCCUCCGUCGGUCAUCUGCACCAAACUCUGGGUCUCCGCGCUUCAUCAAAGUUGCUCGAACUGCAGCGUUCCAGAGGACAAAUGUCUCCGAUUUCCCCGUGGCUGCUCAUGGUACUAAUUGCCUGGCUAUUGCCCCCACCCCCCCCCCCCCAAAAUUUAAGACCAAACUUUUUUCCACCGUUUUUUUUGCAAGUACUUCCGUGUGUCUGGGGAAUCAACGGGGAUUACUAGUUGUUGUGACGCGUCCUAUUUAACGUUAAUACUAUGAAUGAUCUGUAUAAAUGUUUAUCGAAUUAUUUGGAAAUAAAUUAAUUACAUAGUCUGUG